UAGCUUUUACUUGAAGAUUAGAAUUAUAGUUUAGGUAGCCGAGUGAGGUACGACUUGCCUCCUCUGGGUGCGAGUAUAGGAUUGCAGCGAUGCUGACGAAGGCGCUGCAGCGUGUGGCGUGUGCAGCGUUGCUGGUGGUGCUGCUGGUGGGGGUGACAAGCUCUCAGAGCACCGCGCCGCUCCCGGCCACCUGGACCAACAACAAGCGCAUGUUCCUUGACUGGCUCAUCACGGGCUGUGCUAACUACCAAACAAGUCCAUCCGGCUGCUCGAUCUCAGACCACCACAGCGAGUACGAGGGAUACGAUGGCUUCUACAACAACCUGGCCAAGCCUGACUUGGGCGCCGUGGACACGCCGCUGCUGCGUCUGCUGCCCCCAGCGUAUAGUGACGGUGUCUACCGUCCUGCCUGGCGCCCCGUCAACCCCAUCACCGCCAGCGUGACCACCAUGACCGGUCCUAGCGGCCAGCUCAGCAACGGCGGCAAGACUGCGCUUCUUGUCUUCUUCGGCCAGCAAGUUGUGGAGGAGCUGCUGGACGCCCAGCGACCAGGCUGUCCUCCUGAGUACUUCAACAUCAAGAUUCCUGCGAACCAUUCCUUCCGUACCCACGCACCCAAGCUCGAGGAACUCCCCCUGCUCAGGACCAGAUAUGCUGGCAACACCGGCUACUCUCCCGGCAACCCCAGGCAACAGCUUGGCAAAGGUUUCCCAGCCGGCAACGACCAGCGGUUGCCGAUGGCGAACCCUCCGGCACCCACGAACCAUUCCGAGUACCUGCAGCACCAGAGCACCGCCAGAGUGAACAGGUUCUUCAAGCUGGGCAACCCUCGUGGCAACGAGAAUCCUUUUCUGCUGACGUUUGGGAUUGUGCUGUUCCGCUGGCACAACGCCAUCGCCAGCCGCCUGCACGACCUCAAGCCUUCGUGGUCCGACGAGCGCGUGUUCAACGAGGCCCGGAAGUGGGUCAUCGCGACUCACCAGAGCGUCGUCAUGUACGACUGGUUCCCUAAGUGGAUCAGGCAAGACCUGCCGCCUUAUGCAGGUUACCGCCCCACGGUAGACCCACAAGUGAGUCACGUGUUCCAGUCGGCGGCGAUGAGGUUCGGUCACACGCUCGUCACGUCAGGCGUCUACCUGCGGAACAAGGCUAGUGAGGGCUGCCUCACCGUGCCUUACGACCUCUCCUUCAGCAGGACGCUUAAUGACGGAGGUCCUAAACACUCGGCCGGCGUCAGGACCUGUAACUCCUUCUGGAGGUCCCCGGAACUCUUCCUGAAAGACAUGGUACACAGGGACCUCAGAGGAAAUGUGUUUGGCCCGCUGGAGUUCUCGCGCCGUGACCUCAUGGCCAUCAACAUACAGCGGGGCCGUGACCACGGUCUGCCGGACUACAACACUGCGCGCAAACACUUCGGUCUGCAGACACUCUCCUCCUUAGACCCCGGAGAGUACAAACGCGUCACGCAGACUAACGUCAGUGAUGAGGUGCUGCGGCGCCUGCAGGAGGUUUACGGAGACCCCAACAUGACGGACAUCUGGCCAGGGGGGCUGCUGGAGACUCGCUUGUACGGACCUGGACAGCUCUUCACCAACAUUAUCAAGGAUCAGUUCGAACGCAUCCGUGACGGUGACAGGUUCUGGUUCGAGAACACCAACAACGGGCAGUUCACUGAUGCAGAGCGUCAGCGCAUCAGACAAGUAAAUCUCAUCGAUAUUCUGCUGACGGUCGCCGAUAUCACGCUGUCCGACAUCCAGCCCGAUCCGCUCACGGCUGUGAGCGACCUCAACGACUUGCCACAAUGCCGACGACAGCUCGUAGCCAACACCUCGUGCGUCGUGUUCUUCCCCAACAACUCCCGCACCCCACUACCACCACCGGUAACCCACCCUCCUGGUUGGGCUGGUCCUCCUCCCGAGGUGCUGCCCCGGAACAGCGUGCGGACGACGUGUCACUACCUGCCUCCCUUGGGCGCCUCGAACCUGGAGCCCUGCAGCCCCGCGAGCACCUUCGACUACUUCACGGGCUCUGCCGCGAGCUUCAUCGUCACCUUCGUCGCCGUGGCUGCUGCUGGCGUCGCAUUACUGACGACGAUGAUCUUGCUGUCGCGCUGGAAACAAGCAGAGCGAGCCAGGACUGUCACGUCAACCAUUAAAGUCAACGAGAACGGCAUCGCUGCUAAGGAGCGCGUGUCGCACAUCGAGAGCCGCUUCGUGGUGGUUGAGUUCCAUACAGGCGACCGGCGCAUAAACGUACGCGCCCCGAGCGGCAGCCUCCUGCGCACCGUGGACCUGCAGCACCUCGAGGUGCUCACCGUCAGACACCUCGCUGACUGCCGCAGCAUCAUCAUCUCUGCGCAACAUCACUACGACCUCUACCUGAAGUUCUCUGACAACGUGCAAGGCCACAAGCUGGUGUCGGUGCUGAAGAAGUUCUGCGAGGACACGAACAUCACACCCGAGUUCCGGGAGGAGUCUGUUCUCACCAUCAACAAGGGCGUGACCACCAACAAGCAGCGCGCUCAGGAGCUCGCCGCCUUCUCCAGACUCGUUCUCUCCGAGUCGUUCGAGGAGAAGAAUUAUUUCCUGUCUAAUACUAUGUUCCGCCUCAUGGACAAGGACCAGAACGGCUUCAUCCUCCUGAAGGAGUUCUGGGACGUGAUGGUUCUCUUCGCUCGAGGCUCUCUUGAGGAGAAGGCGAGGCUCAUCUUCAACAUCUACGACGUGUCCCAGACGGGACUUUUGCGGGACACGGACCUGGAAGCGGUUGUCGAGUCGAUGUUGGGGUCGGAAGGGAAGAGUCGCGACAUCCAGAUGAUCGUAAACAAUAUUUUGGAGUCCGUGAACCUGACGCGUGGGGAGGCCAUCACCUUCCAGAAAUUCUUCGAGCUCUUCAGUGGCAACGAAGGCGUUCUUAAGAACAUCAACCUGCAGGCCGCCAGAGAGUCCAACGUCCGGAAACGGCCUGAGCGGUUCUCCAUCUACGGCCUGAUGAGAGAGGACGGGGCAAACUCGAAGCAACAACCUCGGCAGAAGACAGGCCGAGCUUUGGACGACCCAGCCUUCGACCGCGUCAACGAAGUCGCUGCCAAGGAAGAGGCUAAAACGGAAGAGCCUGAUUCGUCCUGGCGUGGUUUCCUGAAGGCGAUGGCGCGGCGGUUGUACAACCAUCAGGUCUACGUGUGGUGGGUCGUCAUUUACACCUUCGUCAUGCUCCUCAUCUUCGCCGAAAGGGCUUACCACUACAGCGUGGAACGUGAACACGGCGGGCUGCGGCGCAUCGCAGGCUACGGAGUUACGGUGACGCGGGGCGCCGCCUCUGCCAUGAUGUUCACCUACUCCAGCCUGCUGGUGACCAUGUGCCGUAACCUGCUCAACGCCAUCAGGUCGAGCUUCUUGCACCGCUUCUUCCCCAUCGACUACAUGGUGUCUCUGCAUCGCUACAUCGGCAACUGGGCGCUCGUGUGGACCAUCAUCCACAUCGUCGGACACUCCAUCAACUUCUACCACAUCGCGACGCAGACUCCCCCGGACCUCUCCUGCCUCUUCAGGGACUAUUUCCGAUCGACUCACGUGCUGCCAAAGUUCCAUUACUGGUGCUGGCAGACCAUCACAGGCUUCACGGGAGUUCUGCUGACGCUGCAGUGCGCGGUCAUCUUCGUCUUCGCGUACUUCGCGCGCCGCUAUUACUUCAAGCUCUUUUGGUUCACGCACAACACCUACCCUAUCUUCUACCUCCUCACCAUCCUACACGGUUCUGGGAACCUGGUUCAGCCUCCUUUUUUCCACUACUUCUUCCUCGGCCCGGCCAUCCUCUUCACUCUGGACAAGCUCGUCUCCACCUCCGUCAACACCGUCAAGAUCGACGUCAUCGAGGCUCAACAUCUCCCGUCCAACGUGACGCUGUUGAAAAUUCGGCGGCCUCCGAACUUUAGUUACCAGGCGGGCCAGUGGAUCAGGAUCGCUUCGUUGGCCAUCAGCGAACAGGAGUACCACCCGUUCACGCUGUCGUCCGCACCGCACGAGGAGCACCUGACGCUGCACGUGCGCGCCGUGGGGCCCUGGACGUCGCGCCUCAGGAAGGAGUAUCCCGACAAGGCCACGGUCUCCCUCAAGAAAGGCUUCCGUUACCCAAAGAUCUACAUUGAUGGACCAUUCGGAGAAGGUCACCAGACGUGGUGGGACUACGAGAUCGCAAUUCUGGUGGGAGGAGGCAUCGGUGUUACGCCCUUCGCGUCCAUCCUCAAGCAUAUCGCUCACUGCUCCCAACAACCUACCUUCCAAAUAAAAACCAAGAGGGUGAUGUUCCUUUGGGUGACCAACAGCCAGCGUCAAUUUGAGUGGCUCACGGAGAUCCUCAACGAAGUCGAAGAGCAAGACAACCGAGGCCUCAUUAGGAACCACAUCUUCAUCACACAGUUCAAAAACAAGUUCGACCUCCGGACCAUCUUCUUGUACUUGGCAGAGCGCCACUUCCAGCGAGUUUCGGGCACUUCCCUCUUCACGGGACUGAAAGCCAUCACGCAUUUCUCGAGACCUUCUUUCCCGGCCAUCUUCCGAGCUGUAAAGGAGCAGUACAGCUUCGCCAGCAAAAUCGGCGUGUUCACGUGCGGUAAUCCGUCGCUGAGCGCCGACGUCGAAACCGCCUGCCGCGACGUCAACGGAGACGACGGUGACGUCAUCUUCAAGCACUACUACGAGAACUUCUGAGCUCCUACUUACAGGACCUCAGCACUGACCUAACUUGAGAAGAAUUUCAACUACAACUUGACUCGUUAUGCCUCAAUUCGAACCUAACUCAUAGUACUUCAACUCGAACCUCGAACCUAACUCAUGGUACUUCAACAACAAUUUGUCUCACAAAAACUUGAACGUUAUCUGUUUAACAGCAUCUCACCUUGUAGUUUA